AUGGUGUACCAGAGGCAGGCCACUCCUAUGAGGGCUCCUCCCACAGCUAUGUCCAGAAGCAUUUCGAAGUCUGCCGAGACCUUAAACGGCACACCAAAGCAUGGUAAAGAACUAAAGGCCCGCAAAUCACGCAGCACCGACCAGCCAGGCGGUGGUUUGAUCAAGGGUACUAGUACCAUAGGUCUCCCGGCCUUAGGCAAAAGCUGGGGGAAGGACGAUGACAGCUUCCGAAGUCCCUCCAGGAAUGGCAGUAAUCCAACCUUACCUUCCAGCGGUAGCAGCCGAGCAGGGAGUGUGGAUCGUAGCACAAGAGGAUCAUCCACAACGCUUAAUAACGACGAAGAUAACAUCAACGUGGUUGUCAGAGUGCGACCAAUAAGUGAUAAAGAGCGAUCGCAUGGCGAACGAAUGCUUUUAGAAUUUCCUGGUAAAGGCCAAGUGAUCUGCCACAACACAACCCCCAGUCAGAAGUCCAAGGUCUUCUCCUACAACGUCGUCUUCGAGCCUGAGGCAACACAGGAAGACGUUCUAGAAUUCUCUGGAGUCAAGAGGUUAUUGGAAAUGGCUGUCGAAGGUUUCUCAUGUACCGCAUUUUGCUAUGGGCAAACUGGCAGUGGGAAAACCCACACAUUGACUGGGCCGCCAGGAUUGGUGGAAAGAGGUACAAGCCCCUAUUCUCCAGAACACGGUCUGGUAGUUCGGUCUUUCGUCUACUUGUUUCGUCUGAUAAACGAACGGCCGGACUCACACUUUAUACUUAAGGCUUCAUUCCUAGAGAUUUAUAACGAAAAGGUUAUAGAUUUACUGAAUCCAGGUAGUGCGCGAAAACCACUACAAGUGCGAUGGUCCAAAGAAACAAGAGGAUUCUACGUAGAGAACCUAUUCACAGUUGAUUGUGAACAGCUAGACGACUUGUUCGCAGUUUUAGAAGAAGGCAUGCGAAACCGUGCUGUAGGCGCACACGCAAUGAACGCGCACUCGUCCCGCUCACACACGAUCCUGUGCGUGCGAGUGAGACGGGAUCUGCGCGCUGAUGCUGACGUUACGUGCUCCACGCACGGCAAGAUCAACUUCGUGGAUCUGGCGGGCAGCGAGAUGACCAAACGUACCCAUAGCACCGGGAAGACUUUAGAAGAAGCCAAUAAUAUUAAUAGAAGUCUUAUGGUUUUGGGUUAUUGUAUAGCUCAACUGAGUGACGGAAGGAAACGGGGCCACAUCCCGUACCGGGACAGCAAGUUGACCAAGCUCUUAGCAGACAGCCUUGCCGGUAAUGGUGUUACUCUUAUGAUCGCAUGUAUAGCACCGACGAGAUCGAAUUUAAGUGAGACUGUCAACACAUUGCGGUACGCUUCAAGAGCGAAGAAGAUUAAAUCUAAGCCUAUUGUUAAAAUGGAUGCGAGGGAUGCUCUAAUAUUAAGUUUAAAGAGAGAAGUGGAAGCUCUACAUGCGGAAAACCAACAUCUCAGGUCGGCGUUGCACGUCCAGACUGAUUAUAACUUGGAUUCCUACAGCCAUCACCGCACUCAAUCUCAGAUCGAACCAAACAAAUUAUACCAGCUUUCACAAGCGGAACUCGUAGACCUAGUCCAGCUCCACAUGGAGGAGAAUACAGCUCUCAGAGCGGAGAAUACAGAGUUAUUCGGAAUACGUGAUCAGCUGCUCAGGGAUCACGAGCUCUUGAGUAGAGAAAACGAAAGGCUGCUGAAAAAAUUGGAGGAUGUCAACUCUGUUUGCACUCGGUCACCAAUCAUACCGGCGCGACCAACGUACUCAGGGUCCAAUGAUACUAACAUUUGGACAAAUCCCGCCACGUCAUCAGCGAACAGUGUUGCCAGUGGUAGUAGUGGAUAG